GACUGGCAGGGGCGGUGGGGCCAAGUGGAGCGGCGAGGCAUGGCGGGCGGGGCCCGAGAGGUGCUUACGCUGCAGUUGGGACAUUUUGCGGGUUUCGUGGGUGCGCACUGGUGGAACCAGCAGGAUGCUGCGCUGGGCCGAGCAACCAGCGCCAAGGAGUCUCUGGGAGAAUUGUGCCCUGACGUCCUGUACCGGACCGGGCAGACGCUGCAUGGCCAGGAAACCUACACGCCGCGACUCAUCCUCAUGGAUCUGAAGGGCAGUCUGAACUCCCUAAAAGAGGAAGGUGGACUCUACUGGGACAAACAGCUAGAUGCAGCCAUAGCAUGGCACGGGAAGCUUUCCACACACAAAGAGGAAGUCUAUCCCAAGAACCCUCAACUCCAGGACCUUCUGAGUGCAGAGGGAGUACAGAGUAGUGAUGAUAUCUGGAGAGUCAAAUCCAUCCCUAAUGGCAAAGCUCCCCCAGCAGUCACCACUGCUGCAACGCCAAAACCACUUGAGAGGAGUGUCAGAGUCUGGUCAGACUUCCUUAGAGUUCAUCUCCAUCCGCGGAGCAUCUGUAUGAUUCAGAAGUACAACCAUGAUGGGGAAACAGGCCGGCUGGAGGCUUUUGGCCAAGGGGAGAGUGUCCUGAAGGAACCCAGGUAUCUGGAAGAGCUGGAGGACAGACUGCACUUCUAUGUGGAGGAAUGUGACUACUUGCAGGGCUUCCAGAUUCUGUGUGACCUGCAUGAUGGUUUCUCCGGGGUAGGUGCCAAGGCUGCAGAGUUGCUGCAAGACGAGUAUUCAGGGCGGGGAAUAAUAACCUGGGGCCUGCUCCCUGGUUCCUACAAUCUUGGGGAGCCUCAGAAAAACGUCUAUCGUCUGUUAAACACAGCAUUUGGACUGGUGCACCUGACUGCUUACAGCUCUUUCGUCUGCCCCUUAUCCUUGGGUGGGAGUCUGGGCCUGCGACCCCAGCCACCUGUCAACUUCCCUUACCUGCAUUAUGAUGCCACUCUGCCCUUCCACUGUAGUGCCAUCCUGGCCACAGCCCUUGACACAGUCACUGUUCCUUAUCGACUCCGUUCAUCUCCAGUUUCCAUGGUUCAUCUGGCUGAUAUGCUGAGCUUCUCUGGGAAAAAGGUGGUGACAGCAGAAGCAAUCAUCCCCUUCCCCUUGGUUCCAGGCCAGUGCCUCCCUGAUGCCCUGGUGCAGCUCGGAGGAGCCACACCAUGGACUCCACUGUCUGCAUGUGGGAACCCCUCGGGAACACGCUGCUUUGCUCAGUCAGUGGUGCUGAGAGGUAUAGACAGAGCGUGCCAUACCAGUCAGCUCAACCCAGGGACACCUCUGCCUUCCCCUCUCCAUGCGUGUACAACUGGGGAAGAAGUCUUGGCACAAUAUUUACAUCAGCAGCAGCCCAAAGUCACAAGUUCUUCCCAUCUACUGCUGACUCCCUGCAGAGUGGCUCCUCCUUACCCCUACCUCUUCUCAAGCUUCAGCCAGCAGGGUAUGGUUUUGGAUGGUCCCCCCAGAGGCACAGCAGUGCAGAGCAUCCCAGUGUUUGGGGCUCUGUGCUCCUCUUCAUCCUUGCACCAGGCCCUGGGAGGCCUGGCCACAGAGCUCACCAAACUGGACCUGCGGCGCUGGGCCAGCUUCUUGGAUGCCGGGGUGGAACAGGAUGAUGUAGAGGAGUUGCUGCAAGAGCUGCACAGUCUGGCCCAGUGUUACCAGGAGGGCGACAGCCUCAUGGACUAGAGUUCUGGGACGGGGUGGGGGAAGGGCAAGAGCUAGUUGGCCAAUAAAAACUGCUGAUUUAAGAGCCCAGUGUCUUCGGGCAGAGGAGCUUAGUGUCUUGGGACUGGCUACACGGCAUAGGCAUUUAUUACACUUAGAAACACUGUGAGUAGAUCACAGAACAAUAAAUAUGUACCAUUAGAUAAAGAAAAAAGUAGCUUAGCCCCACUUUUCCUCAGUGCUAUUUACAGAGUGGAUGAGUAGGGUCUACAUAAAAGACUGAAUGAGGCCCAGGAUAUGGAGCUCCAAGGCCCACCUCCAGCCUCAAUGUGUCCCUGUCCUCGGCCUGCUCUCCAGUUCUGUCUGCAGAGCUCAAGGACGACGCAAGCAAAGUACAAGCCGCCUCUCCUGGAGUGCAGGCACAGGUGCCUGAUGGCUGGUCCUGUGUGAUGACUCCACGUGUUCCCAGAGUGUCACUCAUCCGCGUCCUCCUCAGAGAGCAAGUCCCCGUGAUCAGAAAGCUGGUCCGCGUUGCUGGUGCUGGUUGCAUCGUCCUCAUCCUCAGAGCUGGCUUCACAGGCCGUGUGGAAGAGCUGCAUGAGUUCUCGGAAACGGUGGGCAACCUAGCACAGGAGAAGGGCUGUUUCACUGUUCCUAUUUAGUAACACUGUGAUAGUUACGA